CCCUCCAUUAAUUUGUCUUCUCUCUCCCUCUCCCUCUCCCUCUUCGUCUCCGUUUCCCUCUCCCUCUCCCUCAGUCUGGACUUACAAUAAAAAUCUGCUCAGCUGCUGCUCUUUGGUACCCAGAGAGGAAUCAGAGCUAGCUAGGAUAUAGUAGAUCGAUGGAGAAGCUAAGAGGGUUAGGGCAUCUCUUCGCGACGGUGUUCAUGUGGGCGUUCGGGGGCUUCAUAGUCGUCCCCGCCGUCACCGACGUCACCAUGUCCGCUCUCUGCCCCGGCACCGACGAGUGCUCCCUCGCCAUCUACCUCUCUGGCUUCCAACAGGCGAUUAUAGGACUGGGAACAGUCAUGUUGACGCCACUAAUUGGGAAUCUAUCCGAUGAGUACGGCAGGAAAGCUUUGCUCACGCUCCCAAUGGUUGCCUCCAUCAUCCCUCUAGCUAUAAUGGCAUAUAGCAGGGAGACCAAGUUCUUCUACACGUAUUUUAUUCUGAGAACCCUGACGGCUAUGGUCGGCGAAAGUGUUGUCGUUUGCCUUGCCCUUGCCUACGUCGCGGAUAAUGUACCAAUUACACAGCGGGCAUCAGCAUUUGGAGUACUUUCGGGCUUGAUUUCAGCCGCUGUCGUCUGCAGCACUUUAGCUGCUCGUUUCAUCCCCAGCAUUGCCUUAAUAUUUCAGAUCGGUGCUGGGGUAUCGAUGGUGGCAGUGGUAUACAUGAGAAUCUUCCUGCCGGAAAGUAUUCCCGAUCCGGAAGCAAACAAUGCCUCUGUGCAGCCAUUGUUAAAGGGAAACCAGAACGAUGACAUCGAUGGGGACAAUACCGAACCCGUGAAACAGGCGCACGUUUUCAAGAGGAUACCCUCUGUAAAGGAUGCCAUUUCCUUGAUGAGGACCAGCUUGACAUUCUCACAGGCAGCAGUGGUCGCAUUCUUCAACAGUCUCGCAGAAGGAGCGACCCAAGCUUCGUUGCUGUAUUUCCUGAAGGCGCGUUUCCACUUCAACAAAACUCAGUUUGCGGAUCUCAUGCUCAUCGUUGGGAUUGCAGGCACUUUUUCACAGCUGCUUGUCAUGCCCCUGUUGGUACCUCUGUUAGGAGAGGAAAGGCUGCUCUCGAUAGGGCUAUUAUUGGGCUUCACCCAUAUGCUUCUGUAUAGCAUGGCGUGGGCAGUUUGGGUUCCUUAUGCUGCAGCAGGGUUCAGCAUCUUUGUGUUCUUUGCGUCUCCAUGCGUACGAAGCAUAGCAUCGAAGCAGGUUGGACCAAUUGAGCAGGGCAAAGCUCAAGGAUGCAUUUCGGGGAUAGCUUCCUUUGCAAACAUUGUUUCCCCUUUGAUAUUUAGUCCCCUGACAGCACUGUUCUUAUCAGAGAGAGCUCCAUUCCAUUACCCCGGUUUCAGUAUUCUGUGCAUAGGAGUUGCGAUGAUGCUUGGAUUCAUACAAAGCCUUAUGAUAAGGCCUGCACCUCCCAGCAUAAGCAAAGAGUACCCCGAAAACACCUGCAGCACUGAGGCAUAGCUCUCGGGAUGAGUCUCAACAUUAUGACACAGAAAGCGAGACCAGCAGGGAUGGGAAGGGACCAUAGCCUGCAAUACAUACAGGAGACUUCUUGCCUAGGAUAUUCUGCAGGUGUUGAUGGAAAGCUCGGGAAGCAGAAGCUAUGAAGCUUUAGUCGAUGAACAUAAGUACAACUUAAUUCAAUGUAAUUAUCAGCAAAAACGCAUCCAGACCCUGCACCUGCAGGACCACUUGAUCUGAUGUGCUCUCACUGACAUGGAUAUCGAGUAGUUCUACACUGCAAUAGUUGAUUAAUCUGAAAAUUCGGGUUUCCAUAAGA